AUGCUUCCCGAUCUGAGCGAAGCAGUUGGGAUUCCGUCCCAGCGACAGCAGCUGGUUAUCUCGAUAUACAACGUGUCCUCGGGCUGUCUCAUGCUCCUCUGGGGCCGCCUCGCCGACGUAUAUGGGCGCCGCCUGGUAUUUCUCAUUUCUUCGGCUCUCUUUACGAUAUCGACUCUAUGCCUGGGAUUCGCUACACAUGAGAUUCCGUUCUACAUCAUACGCGCUAUGCAGGGCCUUAGUGGCUCUGCCAUGAUCCCCUCCGCGAUCGGUAUCAUUGCCAACGCCUUUCCGCCCGGCAAAUCACGAAAUAGAGCCUACGUGACCACGUCGGCUGCUGCGUCGCUCGGAUCGGUGUUAGGUAGUAUCUCGGGUGGCGUUAUCGGUGGCUUUCUGUCGUGGAAAUGGGUCUUCUGGAUCCCUGUGAUCCUAGCUGCGGUUACGACGGACGAGAAAGGGUACCUUAGUAUUGACUGGAUAGGUGGCGGGCUGAUCUCGAUCGGCUUAGUACUCCUGCUCAUCUCUUUGACGCAGGCUGAUACACUAGGUUGGAAAACAUUUUGGAUUCCCCUAGUAAUCGCCGUUUCAGUUCUAAUACUCAUUCUGUUCGUAUACUGGCAAUAUCGUCUCGAAAAAUCCUCGACUCUACAGCUCCUCAUAAGGAUAUCGAUGUUCCGAAACCUGCAGUUCUCUGCUUUGUUUGUUGUGGUCGGUUGCUUCUAUGCGGCUUUUAACAGCUUUCUCGUCUUUGUGACAUUCUUUUACCAAGAUUAUCUCGGGCUUGGAGUCCUAGACACUACUCUGCGGUUUUUGCCCUCCGGCAUCGCUGGACUUGUCGUGUCAUUUGCCGUUUCGCCCGCCCUAUCUCGGAUCCCGGGGUUCUAUAUCCUCGAGUUCGGUCUACUGUGCGGCCUUGCGUCUCCUUUACUUUUUGCGAUCCCGGCAAUCCCACCUCACACGACGUAUUGGGCAUGGAGCUUUCCUGCUAUGUGCUUGUGCCUCAGUGUUGAGGUGGUUUGGCCCGUAGUAGGUCUAUUCAUUUCCGAGAAGCUCCCACAGGAGGAUCAGGCUCUUGGCGGUGGACUGUUGCAGACGGUGAAUCAUAUCAGCCGCUCGCUUGGCCUAGUUGUCACCACGGCAAUUCAAUCGGCCGUACAGGGCGAACACAAGAUCAGCGAUCCGCUUGGAGACUCAAACUUCUUGCGUGGGCUUCAGGCCGCCCAGUGGACGAAUGUCGCGUCAGCAGGGUUUUCUGUAGUAGUUGCCGCCGUUUUCUUUCGCAAUCUCGGCCGGUCUUGA